AUGUCGUCGUCGCAAUCUAACCAGUCGGUGAAUGCUGCAAGUACCACGCAAAGAAGCAUUCAUGCCAGAGAAUCCACCGAUCUGGUUCAACACUCACUCGAGGGCCCAGAAAUUCAUCAAGGAUUAGAAAUUCCCCAGAGUUCUGUUACAUCAGUGCCUUCUACUUUGACGACAACGUCUACAGACAGCGGAAUAAGAAGACCCACUAAACAAUUACGUCUAAUGGGAUCUUUCAAAUCCAGUAAAGAGCUUAGUGAAUCAGAUAUUAAGGACCUAAAUCUUGCAGUCAUAAAAAUGAUUGUUUGGGAUUAUCAACCUCUUACAAUCGUUGAAGAUCCAUUGUACACUUUCCCCUCACGCAAGAAUUUAACUACUAAACUUAUUCCAGACUUAUAUGAAAGUGAGGUGGAAAAAUUACAACUUAAAUUAUCAUGUGUAAAUUAUGUUGGUGUUACAACAGACCUCUGGACAUCGGAUAGUAACAAGCACUACAUUACUGUAACAACACAUAUUAUUGUGAAUGCAGAGUUACACAGUAUUGCAUUGCAAACUUCUGAAGUACAUGAUAACCAAACAGGACCAAAAAUAGCCUCUGAACUAAGGGAGAUUUUCGCAAAGUGGAACAUUGACAGGAAGAUCAUCACAGUAGUAUCGGACAAUGGUGCGAACGUAAAAUCAGCAAUAAAUGAUAAUUUACGUAAGCAUCAUCAUCCGUGCGUGGCCCACACUUUGAAUUUAUCAGUAAAGGAUGGGCUGACUCAAAAUGAAGAAUUGUGCACUAUAUUAGACAAGUGUAGACGCAUUGUGGGCCAUUUUAAGCAUCGUGCACAGGCAGUGGAGAAAUUAACAAGGAUGCAACUACAAAUGGGUCUUCAUGUUUUAAAAAUAAAGCAAGACGUUGCAACUCGUUGGAGCUCCACCUAUAUUAUGAUUAAAAGAUUAGUGGAAAUUAAGGCUCCACUAACAGCAGUGUUAUCAAGUUUACCGAAGGCUUCUCAAAUGCUUAGUGCAGAGGAAUGGCUAGCAAUUGAAGAUUGCGUUCCUUUGCUGAAGCCAUUUGAUUUGAUGACAACAACAUUAUCUGGGGAAAAAUAUGUUACGUUGUCAUCAAUCAUACCACUUUUGCGGGGACUCCAAUAUUCCCUUAAUAAAAUUAAUUGUGUUACUGAAAUAGGUAACAAAUUAAAAAAUGACUUUCACACCAAUUAUUUGGAGACGAUUGGGCAGUUAUGAACGGGAUAAACUGUCCGCGAAGGCCACCUUCCUGGAUCCCCGCUACAAAAAACAUGCAUUCGGGUCACAAGAUAACGCAGAGAAUGCUGAGAAAUGGGUAACGGAAGAACUGGGAACUCUGUUCGCUGAAAGUUCAACGGAAGAUCCGAUUCCUAUAGUCAAAGUUGAGGAGCCUAAAACUGCUGAUACUGACAUGUUGUCACCAUUUCCAUGGUGAAGCAAUACCUUUCGUUGCCCAAUGUUCCACGGUCCUCGAAUCCUAUUUUCUAAAAAGGGAUGUUAACAAAUUAUAGAAGAAA